AUGCCGGGCCGACUCAUCCCCAACUUUGUUCGGGGCUCGGGCUCCCUGCACUCCUCCGUCUCCUCAACUCCCAUCCACUCUAACGCUUCUUCGACAACCUCCGUCAAUGAGAUCAUCACCCAUGCAACCGGUCUCAAGAAGCAUGGCCACAGCACCCCAGACCGGGCUCGCUCCCCCGAACGUCGCCUGUCGUUCUCCAUGGACCAUUUGAUCCACCCCCACCGGGACCACAGCAAGGACAAGGAAAAGCGCAAGAGCCUUGGACGCGCUGGCCGAUCCAAGGAGCGCAUCACCCGCGAGGAACUCGCCGUGCCACCCGUCAAGCUCGACGUGCUGGUGGAAUCGCCUCCACUGGUCUGCUACGGCAACCCUUCUAACUCGACUGGCGCUUUGUUCUCCGGCCGCAUGCGUGUGAACGUCGCUGACUUCGCCGGCGAGGUCAUUCUGAACCACUUCGACGUCCGCUUGGUUUCUAAGAACACCACCAAGAAGCCCGUCUCGAGCCACUGCCCGAACUGCCAGACUCGCACUGAGGACCUCACUCGCUGGAACUUCCUUACCGAAUCCCUUCACCUCAAACCCGGCCAGCACGACUUCCCCUUCAGCUAUCUCUUCCCCGGACAUCUCCCAGCCACCUGCAAUGGUGCCCUCGGCCAAGUCGAAUACUUCCUGCUGGCCCACGCCCAAACCAUCCACGGCGAGGAGUUCACACUGCAGAUGCCCCUCAACGUGCGCCGCGCUCUGAUCCCCGGAAACGACAAGUCCUCCAUCCGUAUUUUCCCUCCCACCAACCUGACCGGCCGCAUCGUGCUCCCGUCCGUCGUUCACCCCAUCGGAAAGUUCCCCGUGGAAAUGACAUUGAGUGGAGUGGUGGACAAGGGUGACGAGACCCAGACUCGCUGGCGUCUGCGCAAGAUGAUGUGGCGCAUUGAGGAGCACCAGAAGAUUGUCUCUACUGCCUGCCAGAAGCACUCUCACAAGAUUGGUGGCGAGGGUAAGGGUGUCCUCCACCAAGAGACCCGCAUCAUCGGCCACAACGAAGAGAAGAGUGGUUGGAAGACCGAUUUCGAUACUGCUGGCGGUGAAAUCUCUAUGCAAUUCGACGCAAGCAUCUGCCCCACCGGUAAUGUGGUCUGCGAUAUGGAGGCCCCGAACGGCCUCGAGGUCAAGCACAACCUGGUCAUCGAGCUCAUCGUGGCCGAGGAGUUCUGCCCCAACCGCAACACCCGCCUCAUCACCCCAACUGGCGCAGCCCGUGUGCUGCGCAUGCAAUUCAACCUCCACGUCACCGAGCGUAGUGGCCUGGGAAUCAGCUGGGACGAGGAAAUGCCUCCCGUUUACGAGGACGUUCCCGCCAGCCCUCCCGGCUACACCAAGCCCGACGACAACCGCAGUGUCAUUGAAGACUACAAUGGAUCGCCGCUUCCCCUGCCGGAUUAUGAAGAUUUGGAGCGCAUGGAAUCUUUGCGUCUGGACAGUGACUCAACUCACUCCUCCAACCAGUCUGCUCCCUCUAUCCGCGGCCGCAUGCGCUUCACUGCCGACGACCUGAUCACCGAUCACACCCCUCCUCCUUCCGAGCCUGUCUCUCGCGCCCCUUCGCGCGCUGCGUCGAUCGAUUCUUCUGGGCAAGUCUGA